AGGAGCAGUGACCCCCCCCACUGGGAAACAACUGAACCAUGAAGACAUGAACUGGUGUUGGACGCACUGCGGCUGGUCCCAGGUGGACACGUCUGGCAGCUUCAUCACGUGACCUGCAGCCGCGAUGUGGCGCAGCACGUCGGCUCUGGAGAGGAACUUCCCCUCGCAGCCGUAGCAGCGGCUCUGGUGGAUCUGCCUCCGGAUGAAGUUCACCAGUUUGACCUGCUGGUAGAACCUGAGGUCUGAGAGGAGCAGACAGCGAGAGGUGAACACAGAGCGUCUCAUCAAUAUUCAAACGUCUGCAUUUCAAUCUGCAUCGUCUGUGAAUCUGUGAAUCAAGACUCGAGUUCUGAUCCGAGUCUGAAGCUUCACGUGUUUCUCUUCAGUUUCUGUGGAUCUGGUUGGUUUUGGUUUCACAUUGUGAUUUAGGGACUGAAGAGUUUCGUGUCCUGCUUCUCUUCUGACUACACGCUGUUGUUGCUUCUCUUGUGUAGAAGAACAAACAGUUGUGUAAUCUGUUGAACUGCCUGAAGACAAAGAUCUCAUGUCACAGAUGAUGCAGGUUCUGGAGGUUGCUGAUGUUUCACUCACUGAGUUCUGUCCUCAGCUUGUGAAGAUCGAAGUCGUGUGAGUCCUGAAACAAACAACACAAUAACAAAACCCCACAAAGCUUCAGUUGUUGUAAAGCUCACUACACAACAGGAAAUCAAAUGAAGACUUUCAAUGUGGUUUUAUCUCUGAACGUCUUCUCACAGUACAAACACUGCAGACUGAGCAGAGGAAGCACAACACAACAUUAACACACAAGAAGACAACACUUGAUUAAAUCUGUUCUAAACUUAACACAAUGACCUGACAUCUGCAGAGCAUCAGCUGUCAUUCAUGAUGUGAUCAGUUUCUGAUAUUGAACAGAUGAUGAAUCAAUAAUCAAACCCAUUGGAACGUGUCUGAUUCCUACUUGUCCAGUUUGUUCUGCAGCGUGUCCAGGAACUCGUUGCAGAACACGAUGUUGUCCGGGAGUCCGAUGCUGAAGGAAUGUUCUCGGGCCAUGUGGUUCAGCAGAGAUGACCUGGAGAUGAUCAAUAAAUAUAACUGACAGUCUAUUUAUUUAAAAUAUCUAUUUCUUGAUUAUUUUUAAUAUAUUCAUGUAACAUCGGUUCUGCUCUGAUGGAAAAAGAAGAUUCUUUUAUCCGAUUUCAUAACUUUCUUACUUGAGUCUUAUUCAUCUCGAUGGUCAGAUGAUUAUUAGAUCGAAUGAACCUGAUAAUGGUCAUUAACGUUCAUCUCUCAGGACUGCCCCCUGGUGCUGGUGCUCAGGAUGUUCGAGCUGUGUUGUGACUACAGGAAUUUCUCCGAGGCCAAAGUGAAGCUGCUGGAUUUCCAGAGGACGCUGAUCACUCUGAGAAACCGUGGGCCGGUGCCCCCUGGUGGACUCCCCCUGCAGUGGGUGGAGAGCCAGGCCUCGGUGCUGCUCCUCACGAUGCUGCAGCGCUGCUCCUCCCAGUACGACCUCCACCGCCUGCUGCAGCUCCUGGCCGACGUGGACAAGCUCCUCAAGUCCAACGGUCCAGACUUCAGGAAGCUGUCGCGGCUCAGUCAGUUGCUGCAGGGCUCAGACGUCAGCUUGUCUCCCAGGCUGCUUCAGUGCAGUUCACCCUCUGUCCAGCAGGAGGAGUUCCAGGCUGCUGUGGACGCUCUGCAGGCCAGGGGGCGCUACACUCAGGCCAGGAAGGUGGCGCUGCUGGCCGACCUGCCCGUCCACCACCUGCUGCUCAGCCAGGUCUGAUGACAUCAUCGUAAUUCACAGACAUCUUGUAUUUUUAUCAUCAUGAUUGACAAGAAACAUUUAGAUUUGACUUUAUACUUCUUAGAUUUCCUGAACUUUUACUCCAGAUCCACCGUCAGCUCUAAACCACAGACUGUAAAUUAGGAUGGACGACAUGUCAGCUCCCAAAAGUGAACCCAAGACAGCUCGUACGCCCCCUGGUGGCUGGCUGUUAACUCUGAUACAUAACGUUUGUUUCAUCACAUUUCUCUCUCUGACUCAGCUCCUUCAGGAAAUGAACUCCCAGAAGUCCAAGACAACGUGGAGGAGGUUGGAGACCCGGGUCAGUUUCUGGUGGAGUUG